UAAUUUCGUCAUUUGGCCUCAACACAUUCCUCAAUUAUAAAAAGCUACGCUCUGCGACCUAGGGUUUUUGUUUGCGCCGGCAAGAGCCAGGGAAGGAGGAGGUUGUGAGCGCCGAGUUUUGUUGCUCUAAGCGAAUUAGCACGGCCAUGGCGCCCGUCAAGAAGGCGAAGAAGUCUACGGAGAGCAUUAACAAUAGGCUGGCCCUGGUAAUGAAGAGUGGAAAGUAUACGCUCGGUUACAAGACCGUUCUCAGAUCUCUUAGAAAUUCCAAGGGGAAGUUGGUAAUAAUUGCUAACAACUGCCCUCCACUCCGCAAGUCUGAGAUUGAAUAUUAUGCAAUGCUUGGAAAGGUUGGGGUUCAUCAUUUUAAUGGAAAUAAUGUCGACCUCGGUACUGCUUGCGGUAAAUAUUUCCGAGUAUGCUGUCUCAGCAUUAUCGAUCCUGGCGACUCUGACAUAAUAAAGUCACUCCCUGGUGAUCAUUGAGAUGUUUCUGGUGCGGAGGUUGGGUUGUCUUGGUUUGAAUUAUAUAGGAUUAUUUGUUUGGAUGGCUGAGCUUUGGAUGAUUUUGUUGUUGUUUUCCAUUUAGAUUUUGAGAUGUACUUUUGCUAUGGAAUUCUGUUAUCAUUGAGUUUUAAAUUUUAA